AUGAGGAAGAAUAAGGUGGUUGGGACUAAACGGCAAGAACCCGUAACUGUGAGCAGGACAAUUGUUCAAUAUUUGGUGUGUCUGAAGAAUCAUGUUGUCGAUCAUGGACCACCUAUAUUUGAUGGAUGUCAAGAAUUUAUGGCUAGCGGAGAACAUGGAGCCGCUGCUCUGACAUGUGCAGGUUGUGGAUGCCAAAGGGGGUACCACAAGAAACUUGUACAUGUUGAAGUGAAUCUGGGUGACAGUGGUUGUUCUCAUGAGUCAUCAACAAGUGGACAUUGA